CAAAUCAAAACAAAAUAGAAAAGAGAGAAAGCAAAAAAGCAAAACAUUACUAGUUAGUACUAUCUUCUUCAUACUUUGUUUUUCUUGUUUGUUUCACACCUUCAAACUGUGGUGGAUGAAACAUUAAUGAUUCCUUGAGUUGAGCUUUUCAAAACAAAGCCAUACCCAUUAUUUAUCUUCUUCAUUUCAAUGGAGCAUUAAGUAGUUUUUAUUUGAUUAUAUGUAAAAUAUUGAGAUAUGGAGAGGGUUGCAGAGACAAAGGUACUUCCUCGGAGCUUGCCGAUUCUGGUUGAGGUAUCUGAUGCACAUAAAGCUGUAAUAAGAGAAGCUGGUCAGAGACUAACGGGGGAGGAUGUUUCAUGUGCCCGUGCGGUAUCAGCAAGAGAAUUGAAUCAGUUUUCAAAAGCACGGGAUGGCCCUAUGACACACCUGGCCUCCAGUAGAGAAGUGUCUCAGUUGUCAAAUGCAAGAAUUCUUUUGGAAAGAGAAGAUACUGGUUUCAAUACGCGAUCCUCUCAAAAACCUGUCUCAGCUGCACCUACAAGAACACCAAAAGGAAAAGCCUCUUUUCCAGAUCACAAAGAACUCUUGCCUGAUAUCGAAAUGUUGAAGAGCAGCAGUGAUUCUUUUGGGGAAACAGAUCCAAGUUCAUUUGCUGGUGCUAGUCACCCCCCAGAACCUGUCGAUACUGAUCUCAUGAGAACAGUUUAUGUACCAAUAGGUCAGAACAAAUCUGAGGGUGGAUGCUUAAUGAAGAGCACGUCCUUGAAGGGUCCUUUCCUAGAAGAUCUUUCGAUUCGUAAUCUCACUAAGAAACCAAUCCUAGCUGUUGUUUCUCCUGCAGAAAGUACGGCUGAAGAAUCAAAUGACAUGCGAAACUCAGCCUUACCGUUUUCAGGUGCUCGUGGAUUGAAGAAUACCGAGAACUCUCUACCUCCCCCGGGUUCUGAGGAGAACGAUUUCGUUUGGGAUUCUUCUUUGCCUCCAAGUGGAAAUGUCAGUCCACACAGUAGCAUUGAUAGUACCAGUGUUGUUAGAACAAUGAGCAUUGCUAAUAGUUGUGCGAGUACAUAUCGCAGUGAUGCAUUCACUAGUGAUGGCAUGCUUAGUAUAGACAAGAAUUGUGAUAGUAUUAAAGGAAAUGUUAGAGGGGAUUCACUUGAGAGUGCAAAAACUAGUGCUAGUCGAGCAAGUGAUAGCAGUGGCCUCAGCGAUGACAGCAACUGGAGUAACAUCACUGGUAGUGCCAGUAAACCACAUAAAGGAAAUGACCCUAGGUGGAAGGCUAUCCUUGCCGUACGAGCACGGGAUGGAAAUUUGGGCAUGAGUCAUUUUAAGUUACUCAGACGACUUGGUUGUGGUGAUAUCGGAAGCGUGUAUCUCUCCGAGUUGAGUGCAACUCGGUGUUAUUUUGCAAUGAAAGUUAUGGACAAGGCAUCCCUAUCUGCCAGAAAGAAGCUGAUUAGAGCGCAGACAGAAAGGGAGAUAUUGCAGUUGCUGGACCAUCCAUUUCUACCUAUGCUGUAUACACAUUUUGAGACCGACAGAUUCUCAUGUUUGGUAAUGGAGUACUGUCCCGGUGGAGAUCUACAUGCUUUAAGGCAACGACAACCAGGGAAACAUUUCUCAGAGUAUGCUGCACGCUUUUAUGCUGCAGAGGUCCUUUUGGCAAUUGAAUAUCUUCACAUGCUCGGAGUUGUUUAUCGAGACCUUAAACCUGAAAACGUACUAGUCCGAGAAGACGGUCACAUAAUGCUCUCGGAUUUCGACCUUUCUCUUAGGUGCGUUGUUUCACCUACCCUUAUCAGAACUCACGAUGGCGACCCUUCAAAACGAGCAGGUGCAUUCUGUGUCCAGCCUGCUUGUAUCGAGCCUACAUCAGUGUGCAUUCAGCCUGCCUGCUUUUUGCCGAAGCUUUUUUCUCAGAAAAAUAAGAAGUCACGGAAGCCUAAAUCUGACCCUGGUCUAUCAACUGAUUCACUUCCGGAACUUCUUGCUGAGCCUACAACAGCUCGGUCAAUGUCCUUCGUUGGUACUCAUGAGUAUCUCGCCCCUGAAAUUAUCAAAGGAGAAGGUCAUGGAAGUGCAGUUGAUUGGUGGACAUUCGGAAUUUUCUUGCACGAGUUAUUGUAUGGUAAAACACCUUUCAAAGGAUCAGGAAACCGAGCUACGCUGUUCAAUGUAGUUGGGCAGCAGCUCAAGUUUCCUGAGUCGCCGGCUACGAGUUAUGCAAGCCGUGAUCUGAUCCGAGGUUUGCUUGCGAAAGAGCCACAGAACCGUCUUGGAGUGAAGAGGGGUGCAACUGAACUCAAACAGCACCCUUUCUUUGAAGGUGUGAACUGGGCGUUGAUUAGGUGCAGCACACCACCGGAAAUUCCAAGGCCGAUGGAAAGUGAACUACCGGCUAAGUUUGAAGCUGUUGAAAAUACUGUUGGAGUUGGGAGCAAUAGUAAUAAGAUGGUUGGUGGUAAUAAUGAGAUAAAGUCUGGUGGUGGUAAAUAUCUUGACUUUGAGUUUUUUUAGUUUGGAUUCCUUAAUCUUCUUUGUACUGUAUUUACAUUAUUAUCAGUAAAUUUUACUAUAGAUGAGGUGCAUUAUCAUGUAUUUAUGUUUAGUCACAACAAUAUGUGAAUCCUUUUCAGUUCGAAAAUAUAGUUUAGGGUAGUUUUAUUAAUAGCAGAGUUCAUAUAUUCAUGA